AUGUUCUUUUUUUAUUUUUCAUCAUUAAUAUAUCUAUUAAUAGCAUAAGGAGAAGAAGAAUCUUUUGAUGAUAAUGACUUUUUAAGACCUCCACCUGAUGAUGAGGGAUCUUUGGCACAUCCAUUACAUAGAACUUAUUUAUAGGAUUCAUAUUGUAUGGAUGGAACAUAAGCAGCUGCAUAUGUUUUUGAAGGAAGCACUGAUGAUUUAAUUAUGUAUUUUUAUUCUGGAGGUAUCUGUAUUGAAGAUAGUACAAAAUUUCUAAAAUAUGGUGAUUAUGCAUAUAUUGAUAAUUGUACUUAUAGAAAUACAACAUUUUAUGGCACCAGUAAUGGAUAUCCAGAAGAAUUUAAUGCAAAUUAAGGUUUAAUGGGAAAUAAUAAAUAUUAGAAUGUGCAUCUUAGAAAAGCAUAUAAAAUGUUCUUAAUGUAUUGUGAUGGCAAUAUGUGGUAUUAACAAAUGAAUCCUUAAGUUUUUAAAGGAGCAUUAUUAUAAAUGAAGUUAAUUCCUAAAAGAAUCAUAUUAGCAGGAUCUGGUGUAGGAGGAUGGUAUUUAGUAAAUAAAUAUAAUGAAUUAAGAAGAGUUAUAAAAGAUUUAUAUUAAGAAGAAGAGGUUGAAAUAAGAAUACUUCUUGAUAGUGUUAUAUUUGAUAUUUCAAGAAAUAAAGAUAUUAUUGAUGCAUAUACUGAAGCAACAAAGAGAGCAGGUAUAACAAUGAAUGAUAUCUUCUCUUUUGAUGCUCUAAGAAAAGUUGAUAUUCCAACAUUUAUAGUACAUUCUCAAUAUGAUUGGUGGUAAUUAGAAAUUUGUGAUGGUUUUGAAUGUAUAGGUAAAAUACAUUUAGAUAAAUGUACUCCUAAAGAAAAGAAAUAGAUAGAAAAGAUUAGAUUAAAUAUUUUAUAAUAAUUAAAAGAUUUAAUGAAAUCAAAACCAGAUUGGGGAUUAUGGGCAAUAAGUUGUGUUUUUAAUGAAUUAGUUAUAUGGACUGAAUCAUGGAAUCAUCCAAAAUUCUAAAUUCCUAUGAUGAAAGGAGGAUUACUAUCUGAUAAAUUUUAAGAGUAUAUAUAUAUAAAUUAGAUUAUUUUUAGUUGGCUAGAAAAUAGAGUAGAUAAUAAUGUACAUUAUGAUGUUGUGUCAUGGCCAGAUAAUAAACCAUGUAGUAAUAUCUAUCAUAAUGGAAAGAUUGAUCCAUAAUUGGAUGAAAUGAUGAGGAAUUAUGAGAUUAAAGAAUCAAGGAGAAAAAGAGAAGAAAAAUAUGAUUUGUGAA